AUGGGCGCCGCCAGCCCGACCCAUCACCGCCUCCUCAGCACCGCACGGUUGCAUCGGCACUGCCAGUCCAGCAUCACGCCGCAUGCCCCGCCCAUCUCUCCAUCGUUCUCCCCUUCUCUCGUGGCGAAAAUCAACGUCCAGAGACGGCGACGCGCGGGGCUUUGGAAGAGCAAGCGUUGGCCGGGCCUGGCGCACCGCAUCUUUCCAGACAGAACGAGCGCAAGGAAAAACACCCCACCCACUUCCCCCUCCAUUCUUCUCGGCGGAGGCGGAGGCGAAGGAGGAACCCUAGCCGCGCGAGGAAGAAGGAGCGCCCAGAUCCCCAAGCAAGCGCAAGAGAUCCAGCGGAAGGAGGCGCUGUAUGACGCGCUUUCUUAUGCGGAGCUUAAGCUGAAGGAGUUCAAUGAUGCCUUAGUUAAGGCGGGGGAUCCUACUGGCGAGAAGCAUCUUUCUGCUCUUUCUGCGCCACGGACCGGCUAUGAGCGCCUUAAGAUGUAUGGAUUAAGAGCUCUGGGUGUGAUAGAGUUAACUUCCAAGACGGCCGUCUUCGUGGUGUUUGCUCUUUCCUUCGUUACUCUCAGCAGCAUGAAGACCGAAGAGUUGACCUCAGGGGAAACCAUCACUGAAGUGAAGGCCGCAAAUUGACAAGCCCAACAUGGAUCGCGCCCCAGCUUGUUCUUCAGUCUCUAAUCAUCACCUGCAGUUUGGCUACCUAGCACUAUGCUAUCUUUCUGAUGGUGCGUGACGUCGCAUGCUACUAUAUCUCUAUAUAUCUGUUUGUUCGGACCAGACCGCACCGGUGAUGUGAACAUAUAUGCAUGCAUUGUUGCUGGCGUUACUGCCUUAUUUUAGUAGAGGAUCACAUUCCAGUCAUCUUAGAAGGUUGAGUAUCUCUAAGCAAAAUGUAUGGCGCCCUUUUGCGAUCCAUUCACUUUGUGACCCCCCCUGUUUGUUUUCCCGUAAGUUCCCGUACUGGGCACCCCCAGGCCUCGGAAGGGAUGAUCUGGGGUUUGGUUUGCAAUCAGGAUUUUGUGAUUUAUGGAAGAUUGU